AUGUGCGGGACCCUACUGGGACCCUGGCCUCUCCGGGGUUUUGGUCUCCUGUUGCAUGGUCCUUCCCACCCUGAGAAGUUCAUGAGCCAGCUCUGCUUGGCCUGUCUCCGUGAUGCACCUUCCACAGAGGAAGUCCAAGAAGAUGUCGCCGAGGAUGAGCAAGAGGAUUACGAGGAAGAGGAGAAGCCUCGGCCAAAACUCACUGCUCCUAAGAUCCCGGAAGGAGAGAAAGUCGAUUUUGAUGACAUCCAGAAGAAGCGACAGAAUAAAGACCUAAUUGAGCUUCAAGCCCUAAUCGACAGUCACUUUGAAGCCCGGAAGAAGGAGGAGGAGGAGCUGAUCGCUCUUAAGGAGAGGAUAGAGAAGCGCCGAGCCGAGAGGGCCGAUCAGCAGAGAAUCCGGGCCGAGAAGGAGCGAGAGCGGCAGAACAGACUGGCCGAGGAGAAGGCCAGGCGAGAGGAAGAAGAAGCCAAAAGGAGGGCAGAGGACGACCUAAAAAAGAAGAAAGCUCUCUCAUCCAUGGGGGCCUCCUACAGCAGCUACCUAGCAAAGGCUGACCAGAAGAGAGGCAAGAAACAGACUGCCCGCGAGAUGAAGAAGAAGGUCCUGGCCGAGCGGCGCAAGCCGCUCAACAUUGAUCACUUGGGCGACGACAAGCUGAGGGACAAGGCCAAGGAGCUGUGGGAUACGCUCUACCAGCUGGAGACUGACAAGUUUGAGUUUGGGGAGAAGCUGAAGAGGCAGAAGUAUGAGAUCAUGACUGUACGUGCCAGGGUGGAGAUGUUGGCCAAGUUCAGCAAGAAGGCUGGCGCCAAGGGCAAGGUCGGCGGGCGCUGGAAGUAA